AUGAGCAUAACAUAUAACGAGAAGAAAGUCAUGUGCCCAUUUUCUUCUCUGGUGAAAAUAAUGCUCCGUCAAAAACGUAUUCGCCCAAGUAGUCUUGUUCUACCGUCAAUUUCACAAACAGCUAUCACACAAAAACAUAGCUUAGAGCUAAUGAAAACAAUAGUUACGGCUACCUCAUAUACUUUGGGCUCGGUUGGGAUUCAGUGUCAUUAUAAAACCCAGAAAUUAAUUUCAAAUAGUCGUGUCUUUCCUAAAAUCACCUACAAACUUCGGUCUUAUGAUCCUGCUGAUCCUGAAAUAAGCUAUAAUGCUUUUGUUGAGGGUGUCAAGGCAAAGUCCCCUUCUUUUGAGCCAUCAGAGAACCUCAUGAUUUGGAAAAUCCUUCCACGCUCUCAGGAUUCAGCGGUGGAUAAAGUUUUAGACUGCCUUGAAAUCGGUGCAUUUGACGCAUUAAAGCAGGGAUACCUUUCAAAACUUCAAGUCUCUCUGCAUAGCAUCGACGAGAAACCAGUUGAUGAUUCAAAUCUCAUUGAAUCUUAUACCAUGAUAUUCGAGUAUGAUGACGGCAAUCAGCUUAAAGUCUGCUCAAAACUACAAAAUAAAUCUAUUGUUAUACAAAGUGCAAAAAAAAGUCUAUAUGAAUUAGUAAAUGAUGUCGGGUUCCUAAUUCAUCAUAUAAAUAGACAUAGGUCUACUGAUGCGGAAUUACCUGAACAGUUCAGGAUGUUGCUAUCAUUAAUGUAUAAUGAUAAAGCGUCUGAGAAUUAUCAGCCGCCAAUGUUUCGCCCUGGCAAUAGCAAUUCUAUAAAAAUCUUAGAAUCCGGUCAUCCCAACCCUAAUCUCCGGAUGAAAACUGGGUUUCAUAGUGUUACAAUUGGGGUACAUAUUCCUGAAAAAGAUCAAGUGAUACCAAUACGCGAACUCCCCGUCCGAAAUGCUACCACGAAAGUAGUUGAUCAGCCUUCUUCUCAUGAAGCAGGCCCUUUGACCAACAUAUCAUCACCAACAACAGCCAUAACAAGUACCCAAGUAGAGGGGAACCCUAGGAAACAAAGCUCGAGUACCCAAGAUACACUCAUACUAGGCUCAUCUAUUUCCGACAAUAUUGGAGUUCCGAUGAUUACGAAAAAAAAAGAAAUGCACACUGGUCAUUUUGUGUACAUACAAACUAUACAAGAUCGUGUAAAGCUUGCCAGCGUGCACCAGAUAAGACCAAAGGGUUCUCAAAACCCAUUAAAGUGUGAAUGCUUUUGUUGUGUUAUUUGCCUUAACUUAAAGCAUACGCGAUGCUAUGGGUAUCUCGAUGAAACCCCACCUCUUGAAACGGUGUGCUACACUUGUCUAUUAAUAGAUAAUGAUGCAGCACGGAUUGAAGAGGUGUUGAAACCACUCAGCAUUAAAAGACGUGCUUUAUAUUUUCUACGGGAGAAAGGGUUGUUAGUGAAUUCAGCUGACCUAGCGUCGUACUUAAAUAUGCCCAAAACUAGGGUUUCUCGGAUCCUAGGUGACUUUAAAGUCGAUGGCCUUCUAAAGGGUAGCAGAAAAGACAGAAAAAAAGCACCAAUGGCAACCUACACCGGUAAUGAUGAAAAAUUACGGAUGCUUUACUUCAGACCCCAGCAGGGAAUUGAACAUCUUCUUACUUCACCAAAGAAAUUGACUCCAGCUACUUUUAAACCUAAGGGCAUCGAGAGAGGUUUGGCUGGCCCCGAAAAUGAGAUCAGAAAGUUGUGUUCUGCAACGCAAGAUAAACAAAUUAGGCAGAAAGGUUUCCCUAAUAAUCCUUAUGCUACAAACUAUCCUGAUCAUCAAUUUAAAUCGAGCCUUGAAGUUUUAACUUCGUCGCAGGUAGUGAGGGAUUCAUUUGAUCAAAGUACCAACGAAUUAAAAUUAACUCCUCAGCCUAUAUCACAAGCAGGUAGCAGUACACAAGGAACACCAAGUCCUCGGGUAACUAGCGGUAAAUCUCAAUACCAAGGACUAGAAAAUCAAGACCAGAGGACAUGCACCGAAUCACUUGGAAAGCGUAAUUCUAUUGAGCCUAAGGCUAAUAGCAUACAGAAUGACUCUAAUAAGCGCUUUAAGGUUGGAAAUGUCAGUCCCUGGCUUAUACGUAAUCUUUGA